AUGAUGUUGGAGGAGUCGAUGCGAGUGAUCCAUGGGACAGUCGGGAGGUUUGAUUCCACGAAGAGUGCCGUUUGGGCCUCUAGAGGAAUCACACUUGCGAGUGUUGGGACGAGGAAGGCCCCAAACGCGAUGAAUUUUUUGCGCCAAUUGGAGAUCCUUCAAAAAAGCGGAGAUUCUGGAGACUUCAAGGAUUGGCACGAUGCUACCAAAGUGGCGCGGGCAUUUACGGUGGGCAAGUUGGAGGCCGAGUCACUGACCAAUUUGCAAUGCAAAAUUGCACCACUGAUGGUGACAGCACUCAAGGAAGCGACAAGGAAGGGGCAGGCUUUUGUGAAAGAGUUCAUGCAGCAGAAGUUCCAGGUGCAUAUGGUCGAUGAGCGAAAUCCGCAGCAGCUUUUCCCAGAGUUUGCCAAGAAAGGAGUCCCCGCUCACUCCCAGAUCCUCGCGAACUACCUGCGUGGUGCUGAUAUUGGAUCCACGGAUGUCGUGAUUUGGUGCGACCUUUUGCCAAACAGGCAAGUGGAAUUUGGCCGUGCUGUUCUCGAGCGCCUUCUUCAAGGUGGAGGGUCACCAGACGUCUACUAUUGCGGAUUCUUGAGGGAGGACCAGAAGGAUUGCAUUGCAGAUUUCGAGGCAAAGCCUGACCCUACGCUGGAUUUGCUGACAUGGGUGUCUGGGCGCCCCAAAUUCCCAGAUGCCUUGCUGAACAAAUUCUCGGAAGGCUCAGCCAGUCACAAGGUGAUCAGUGAGUUCAAGCAAGAGCUUUUGAGGAACUUCCCAGAGGCAGGCGCGGAUGCAUCAGUGACAGCUUCUCCAUCAGCAGGCACGGUUCGGGCGCAGGGCCAGCCGGACUAUUCAAUAGAAGGGGGCGCCAGGCCACAAGAUUUGUCCGAAGACUUGAACUUGGCUGUGGUGAAAGAGGCGGACUUCAAGGUUACAAGGACUGGGGGGAAAGCUUUUUGCCCCUCUGCGCGUGGCAAGCCGGCAGUGUGUGUGGAUUCGGAGUUCAACUUGUGGAUCGGAAACGAUGGUGACCAUGAGCUUUCCUUGGAGGCUUCUGAAAUCUGUGGCUUUAACGUUGGCUCAUUCGAAGAAAAGAUUGUGUCAGGCAUGGGCGAGAAUGAAAUGACCGGACUUCCCUUUCGCAUUGCGAACGACCUUGCCAUGGUGGCAUAUGAAAAGAAACCAAUGCCACUGUCGAAGCUUUUUCAUCAAAUCAUUACAGUGAAUGGCAUUGCGACCUUCGAACUUGCAAAUCACGAGAUCAUUCAGAAGACCUAUCAGGUUGUGGAGGGGCAGGACGCCCUGCCAGUGCCCUAUCGCUACACCGUCACCGUGGCGCGGGCCGGUAAAUGUAACGUCUUCAACCCAAACGCUUUGAAAGCUGGAGAGAACCCCAAGCACGGAUCGAUCGGCGCAGCGUAUGUGAACCACAUGGACAAGUUACCCAAAUGCAAGUCUGCCACAGUGGUAUGGGAGGUAUCUUGCAUUCAAUUUUGA